AUGGAAGACAUUUGGGCUCCUCCAAACUCUUUGACGGACUUGCAUUCCGUCUAUAAUGAGCUACAACAGGUCGAUGCCUGGGAACGAAAUGUCCUUAGCACCCUCAAUGAGGACCAAGUGUCUGAGGAUGACCAAGAUAACCCAUCAAGAGUCACCCUAUAUCAGGGACCUUCGGAGGGCUACAGUCAAUCUCAAGACUCGCAUCUCGUUGUUUUGCGCCGCAUUGAUGAACAGCGCCGAGCGCUUCGAUCUCGAGCAAUGGAUCUCUCGCGCCCUCACCUGCGAGGUAUAAAGAUCACCCAACUCCCCCAAGAGCUUUUGACUUGGAUCUUUAGCCUCUUCCAGCAUUCAGCGUUGAAUCAAAAUCGAAUUGGGGUGGAAGAUAUUGGCAGGAAAUUCGCCAAGAGCGACUAUGAGACAUUGAAGAAUCUUCGACUCGUGUGCCAUCUCUUCGAUCAGAUUGCCACCCCAUUUCUACUCCCAAUCAUCCGUGUGCAGCUGAAUCAAUCAUCCCUUGAGCGCGUGCAGUCCAUCUCAAGAAACCCUCGUCUUAAAUCCGGUAUACGCGGCAUCCAGCUCUUUAUCGGAUGUCGCUUAAAGAUACAUGCGUCGUCCAAGUUCGAGUUCUUCACUCACCAGCAGCGCAUUGCUCGUCAAUUAUUCGACUACAAUGCUUUCAUGUACCAUCGGGCCCGACAGAGGAGCUCGGACGGACUUGCUGAUGUUCAGGGAUGGGGCGAAGAGCGUCUUCUAAUGCUCGACAGGAUCCGUGCUUGCGUCCUCGCAUGCGAUCGCUUUCUCGGCACGAGUCCCCUCCCUGCCCUAGGCAGAUUAGAUAUCCCACACUCGGAGUUCCCACCAAGAUUGAAGGAGCAAGUAGACGAGAGUCUCAUUGAUGAGUGUGAGACUAUUCUUCACCGUGCUUACGAGUACAACAAGGCGGAAUAUUUGAGGGACUGGCCGGUAGUGUCAGAAAAGCAGCUUUCAGACGCUCUUGCACAACUCAUUUCUCUCCAAAAUCUGCCCAUCUCUCUCAGCAUUGUGGAAAUCCCCCCUUUCGAGCAAUAUUUUGAUUCAUUUCUGGAUACUCAAAAAGCUUUCAACUGCUUAACACGACCACUAAGAUUAUCGGAAAUUGGAAAGCUCAAGGGCAAGCCUAUUGGUGACGAAAUAGCUGCCUAUACCAGGGUGUUUUGGGAUCUUCCCAUCGCCAUCUAUCAGGCAGGCAGCCUUUUGCGAGGUUUUGAGCUCAAGGGGCCGACAGUGAGUGAAAGAUAUAGCAUGAUAUGCCCCGAAGAGAUGUCCUGCACGCCGGAAAAGCCUGUGUGGAAUCAGUUGCAUGUGGUGUGCCAAGACCUACAGACUCUUAUUAUCAAAGACCUGACUUUCAACUAUUGGUUGGACGACGAAACUCAACCCGUUGGCGAUAACGAGGAGCAAUCUGGUCAAGUCCCACAUGCCGGGCUCGAAUGCUCAAUUGGAAAGUAUGUCGGCUCUAUGCUCUCCGGCCGGCGCUUUGAAAAAGUAGAGCUCGAUAUGUCCCUGCGAGGGAGUCGGCCAAAUACCCCCCAGAAGGAGAGAUGCCCGCUUGGUUAUGUUCUCAGCCGCGCGAGUUGGCCACGAGCCAGGGCGAUUUCUUUGAAAAGCGUCAUCAUGACUCAAAGAAAAAUGGAAUUGUUCUGUGGUAGCAUGAACCCAGAUGUGGAGGAACUCAAUCUGUCAGACAUCCUACUCAGUCAAGGAAGCUGGGCUCCAGUGCUCGACUUGCUUCGGGAGUUGUUGAAACAAAGAUGCAUGGAGGGAAAGUGUCGAGUGCGGCUGAUACAUCUAGCAGGGGGCGAAGUUGGGCAGCUGGCAGAUGACAUUCUGAGCGCCUCUGUCGUGGACGACAUGACGCCGUUAGAGGCUUCUACAAGCGUUAUGGAGUCGUUUUCUAAGUACAUUACAGGCGACGAGGUUGGCCAGAACCCGGCAAUUGCAAGAAGAAUGAUUUAA